AUGCCGAUCAUGCGCCGUCGGAGGUAUGUUCCUCUUUGGUAGCUCCGCACAAAUGUUAGUCAUCUUCUCUCGUCCGGUAAAGAUGGAUGGCGUCGUGACAUUAUAGCCAUGGAGAGAUAGAGAUGAGCACCUAAUGAGCAUGUUGUUAGAGAGGAAGAGGAAAACCGGCCGAAGGCACCUAACGACAAGGGUCGGGUGAAACAAAGUCCGAGCGCCUCUGGACGUCAUUUGGCGGGCAUGAAAAGCGCCUGACAUUUGGGCGAGCUCGACUUCGCGAUGAACCACCCAAACAAUCCACCAAGACACAGUACCUCUUCAACACCUACGUGAUAAAGACGAGUGCCACGACAAGAUGUUGAACUGGAUGAAACAGACGCAUGUGCGAGCCUAGGCCUACUAUUCCCGCCGCAGAACUGACCUCCAGCUUGCAGCGUGGGCAUCACGGACCAUAACUACGGCCCCGAUGCGAUCCAAUCUGUAGCCAAGCAGACCGCCGAGACCCCAUACACCGAGCUCACCAAGAAGGACCUCGCCUGGGAGAUAGUCGACGGCACCAAUGUCGAGACCAAGACCUUCUAUGUCAUCGCCGACAAUGGACACAUUGGACUCGUGCAGAUCAUCUACAGCAAUGUCAUGUGAGCAGAAUGGAUGGGAGUCGGCAUGGAGAAUAUGCUGAUGCGGAGGAUUCAGGGGCGUGCGAACGACUGCCCAGUUCAGCAGCAAAAUCUUUGCCAAAGACGGCGGAAAGGACCAUCUGUGGACAUCGGACAACCUGAGUCAGUUCUCAUUCUCCAAGGAUAAGCAGAACUUCAAGGCCAACGGCUGCUCCAUGGAUCUGAGUGAGGAUGGAAAGAGCUAUCGUAUCAAAUCGUCAACGAGCAAGCAGGCCGUCGUUGAUAUGAAGUUCACACAGACCGCACCAGGCUUCAUGGCAGGCAAAAACGGAACGAGUACGUUCGGGACAGAUCCAGAGCAUCCAUGGGGGAAGAUCUACCACAAAUUUUGGCCGAGAUGCGAUGUUGAGGGAAGCAUCGUGACCAAGGAUGGACCCGUCGACUUCAAGGGCAAGGGUAUCUUCAUCCACGCGCUGCAGGGCAUGAAGCCGCACUUUGCAGGUAAGCACCGUCGAACGAGGCGGAGAGGGCAUCUGACUAACUUCGUCCAGCCGCCAAAUGGAACUUUGCAUACGUCCAGUCGCCCAGGUAUACCGCCAUUAUGAUGGAGUUUACCACACCUCCCUCGUACGGCGAGACGAAAGUCAACGUUGGAGGGGUGGUCACGGACAGCGAGAUCCUCUUUGCCGGCGCAUCGCCUGCCAUCAAGGCCGAGCACACUGAAGUCAAGGGCGACAAGGAAAAUGAUUGGCCGGAACCAGCAGCUGCUGCUUUCACCUGGGAUGGAAAGACCAAGGACGGCAAAGAUGCUCACGCCGAAUGGUCUGGCAACAUCAAGGAGAGGACAGAUCGUGUGGAUGUUAUGGGUGAGCUUCCGAAGUUUGUCAAGCAGAUUGUUGCAGGCGCUGCCGGGACGAAGCCAUACAUCUACCAAUACACCCCGAAAUUGCCGCUGAAGAUCAAGAUUGAUGGGGAGGAAACGCAGGAGGAGGCCCAGCUUUUCAUGGAGGCAACUUUCAUCUCGUAA